AUGACGUCGAAAGCUACGCAGUUGCGGUCCAUACCGUCCUUCCUCCUCCCUUGCACACAGUCACGGAUAACUCCACAAGCACGAUAUUUACAAACCCGAGUAAAGGCUACUCGAAUUCCACGGCCGACUCCAUUCGUCCCCGAUACACAAACCUUUCUCACUGUCAUUGGCCGCAAUUUGAGCCAACACGCAUCGAAAAUACCCUCAUGGAAAGCGCUGUUCUCCCUCACCUCCGCACAACUUAAAGAGCUUGGCAUUGAGCCUCCACGAAGUCGACGUUACCUACUUCGAUGGCGUGAGAAAUUUCGAAAUGGGCAAUAUGGAGUUGGGGGGGAUCUCAAGUACGUGGAAAACGGGGAAGCACUGCUCCGCGUGGUGGAGGUCCCUGUUUCUGGGAAUAGUCCAGCUACGGCCACGUUGACAGCAGGGAAGCGCAAGAUUGUGGUGAAUGUGGCUGCGGGGGGCAGUGCUUUGGAGAAGCCGGCGGAGCAACUUGAACCCGUCAAAGGCCUGCAUAUUAAGGGUGCGCAGACAAUAGUUGGACCGCACGUACAGCCACUCAAGGGAGGGAAAGCUGCGAAGGUUGUGGUAAAGGAAGGGCUGUGGGAGGACCGAAGAGGCCACAAGAUUGACGGAGGAGAGAGACGUCAAGCCGAGGUGCGAGCAAAGAGGAGAGGAGAAGAGAGACGUGCAGCGAGAUAG